GUGAUGGCGGAGAGAGGUUCCAGGAGUUCGCGCGGCAGCAGACGGUCCAGCCGGGAGACCUCUUCGGCGACGAGCGAUGAUGAUGCCUCAGAAGAGUCGGUCGACAUUUUUGAGAUGGAGCGCACGAAGCGCAUGCUCACCAGACAGGAAAUCGCCAAUGCACAAAUGAUUGACCCAGAGCUUUUCACCAAAGGCAAGUUCUACUGCUCCCUCAGCGCGCUGCUGUCCAUGGUGGCCCUCAUAGAGAUGGGUCUGGAAACAGACUACCGCUGUAACACGGGACGUUGUGCGGACGACGAGCCUCUGUGGGAUGCCUUGAAUCUCCUUUUCACUAUCCUGCCUUUGGCGGAGAAUGGCCUUCGCCUUUGGGAGGCCAAACCGAGAAGGUUCUUCAUGGGCGACAGGACCAAGGUCAAGUUUAAGCUGGACUGGGCCAACUGCGCCGACAUCUUUUUAGUGAUGCUCAGGAUUCUGGACGUUUGGAUUCUGAGUCCACUCGGUGUCCGAUCAGGUCUGCGAAUGGCCACGGGUUUCCGAAUCCUGCGCAUCGGCCCGGCUGUGAAGCAUUGGCAGACGACUAAAGAGCUGCGAGAGCUUUGGAUCGUCAUCGGGGCAGUGUCUGAGACGUUCAAGACGCUGAUUUGGGUCGGCGUCAUGCUGAUCUUCGUCAUAUGGACCUUUGGCAUCUUGAUCACGAUGUCCCUUCUAGAGCGCAAGGGGGAGGAGUUCAACUUUACAGCCUCGACCUGGACCUUCGCAGACUACUGGGGUAGCGUGCCGCGAAGCGCGUACUCCCUCUUCCAGGUGGCCACAAGAGACAGUUGGAUCAGUGCCAUGGUGGCCCCAUUAAUCGAGACGGAGCCGCUGCUGCUCAUCAUUUUUGGCUUCUACUUCUGUAUCGGCUCCCUUGCCCUCAUGAACGCCAUCAUCGGCGUGGUUGUCGAGUGCACUCUCUCGGCAGCGAGGGCUAGCACCGAGAAGGAAGAGGAGGACAAAAAGAGGGCCGAUGCACUGGUCAUGGACUCGCUGAGACGGAUUUUUCACGAGGGAGACACUGACGGCUCCGGAGAGCUGGACAUGGAGGAACUGCAUACCUUGGUCCGCAAGCACAAGGUGCGAGAUCGGCUCAAGAUGCUGAGAAUCCCUUUCAGCGACCUGGACCUCUUAUUCACUUUGCUGGACACGGACUGCUCGGGCACCGUGAACACAGACAUGUUCUUCCGUGGCUGCGCCAAGUUGAGGGGUCCAGCCAUGGCAUGCGAUCUCCACCAGCUAUCCAUCGACCUGAAGCACAAUUUAGAGCGAUGUGACCACAAUUCUGAGCGCAUUCGUCAAGUCAACGAGACGCUGGCGAUUGUUUUGGACCACGUGGACGAUAUGGACAUCAGCAUCAUGAAGAGCGAUGUCGACUUCAAGGACCCCGUCCUGGCCGCCCGACAGGUGAGGCCAAAGACCUCGAAGUCCGACGUCAUCCGCGGCAGGUGGCUCAUACCCGUGGCCCACAAUGAGCAGAGUAUGUGGCUAGACUUGGACCGCCAAGCCAAGGGCAACGACCCCCACAACAAGGGCGAGCUCGGGAAGCAUGCGCUGACCCAGGCGCAAGAGGUCAAG